AUGAUCUACCCUACCCGAUUGGUGUCUCUUGCUUUCCCAUCAAAGAGCAGGCAUGUAGGAGUAGCGGGAGUGAAGCCACCAUCAACUGAGGCAGAUUCCAUUGGGUAUACUUCAGAGGAAGUAGGAGCUGAUGGUUCCAAAUCCAAUGUAAGGCAGGUUGCUGGCAUACAAACAACUGGGUGGAGUUAUCCUCAGAGUGUGAUUAUAUGCACAGUGGAGCAUACGAUAGCGAAUGACUGUGCAUGGCAGAGGUUUCUCCCUUCUGGUCCGAUUGCCCUAAUUCCAAUAGGUGACACCUUCAGCAAUAUAGUGUGGACAAUGAGCCCAGAGGAGGCAUCGCGCCAUAAGUCAAUGAGCUCUAAAGAUUUUGUGAUGUCAGUGAACCGUGCAUUGGAUUUUGGUUAUGGACCGCAUCCCAGCUCUAGUAGUGUUGACCAUUACAUGGAAAAGUUAUUUUCCGGCAUUGGACAUACUGCAGCGUCUACAAAAGAAUGCUUUGAAGUACCACCAAGAGCAAUUGGGUUGAUCUUUGAGAGAAUGGCAUUUCGGUUGUCAAUGAUGCAUUCCCAUGAUUAUGUUUCAAAAGGGCUAGCGCUAGUUGGUGAUGCUGCUCAUACAGUUCACCCCUUGGCGGGCCAAGGUGUCAAUUUGGGUUUUGGAGAUGCAGCUGCCUUAGCAAAAGUUAUUUCUGAGGGAGUUUCCAUUGGUGCAAAUAUCGGAGAUCUAUCUUUGCUAAGUUGGUAUGAGAAUGACCGGAAGACUGCCAAUGUUGCGAUGGCAGCGGUUCUAGAUGGUUUCCAGAAGAUGUACUCCGUUGAUUUCGGACCCCUGAAUGUGCUAAGAGCUGCUGCAUUCCAUGGGGCCCAACUUGAUGUCUGUAUAAGCCGCGUGACUGCGUGGACCGCGUUCCCGAUGGAUGUGGAGGGCAUCCCCGACGAUGGCCACAGGCAGUGGGCCUGCCAUGAUGUGGUCGCCCACGGCAGAGCCAUGGUUUGA